AUGGCUUCACUUUUGAAGAGCAUUUAGAUCCCUGGUAAUAUAAAUGAGGUAUAAGGACCUAGUGCAAUACAAAAUAAACCUGUUGUAUUUCUCUAACACGGAGUUCUAGAUUCUGCUGAUGCAUGGAUUGUGAAUCACGCUUCUUAAACACCUGCAUUUGUGCUUGCCAGAGCUGGUUAUGAUGUCUGGCUUGGUAAUAGCAGAGGUAAUAAAUACUCUAAUUCCUCUGCUGAUUCUAAAAAUGAAAAAGAAUAUUGGAAUUAUGAUUUUGAGGAUAUGGGAGAUUAUGAUUUACCAGCUGCUUUUGAGUAUAUCAGGAAUGUGACCAAACAAGAAAAAUUAGCAUAUAUUGGUCAUUCUCAGGGUACCAGUUAGCUCUUCUAUUCUUUAUCAAAUAACGAAACAUACUUUCAAGAUAAGAUAUCAAUCUUCAUAGCAUUGGGACCUGCCACAAGACUUACACAUGAAAGUUCGACACUAUUGAGGAUUCUUUCAUCAAAUGUGACUAGAAUUGCUCUAAAUAAUCUGUGCGAGGAGCAUGGAAUUUAUGAGAUCUUUCCUUACAACUGGCUAACUACUGGUGCAAUGGACUUUAUCUGUGAAGUUAUCCCCGAGAUAUGCUAGGCCAUUGUUUACCUUACAACAGAUUAAUACUUAGAAGAAGAUGAUUAUGAAAGACAGUAGGUGUACUUUGGACAUUUCCCUGCUGGAACCAGCGUUAGGUCUUUAAACUACUAUGGUUAAAUAAGAGGCUAUGGUGAAUUUAUGAGAUAUGACUAUGGCAAAGAUGGAAAUAUCUUGAAUUAUGGUUAAGAAACUCCUCCUAUUAUUGAUAUUACAAAGAUUUAAAAAGUCCCAAUAGCUUUAUUUGUAGGAGAAGAUGAUGAAGUUGCUACUGUGAUUGAUAAUAGAUGGGCAAAAGAUUAGCUAAAAACUUUAGUAUACUACCAAGAAUACAAACUUGGUCAUCUUUCCUUUUUAAUUGGAAAGGAUGGUAGUUACUUUACUCAAGAUGUUAUGAACCUACUCAAUACAUACCAUCCUUUAAAUUUACCUGAAUCUUAGCAAGCUAUAUGA